UGUCAAGCCGGGCGCCAGGUACAACAUGGGAGGAUCUCUGGGGCCUAACGUUCUCAUCACCGGGACGCCUGGGACGGGCAAGACCUGCACUUCGCAGCAGAUCGCCGAGCGGACCGGGCUGAGACAUAUCAACGUGGGCGAUGUGGUUCGAUUGAAGCAAUGCCACGAGGGACGGGAUGAGUCGUUUGACACCUUCAUCCUCGACGAAGACAAGCUUUGCGACGCGAUGGAGACACAGAUGGAGGAAGGCGGCAACGUGAUCGACUUCCACUCGUGCGAUUUCUUCCCGGAACACUGGUUCGAUUUAAUCCUGGUAUUGAGGGCGGAAACGAGCACUCUCUUCGACAGGUUAAAGGCCAGGGGAUACAGCGAGAAAAAGGUCGGCGAGAACGUGGAGUGCGAAAUCAUGCAGGUGGUGCUGGAGGAAGCGAAGGAGGGGUACCCGGAGGAGGCGGUGCACGAGGUGCCGAGCAAUACCAUAGAGGAGCUGGAGUCCAACGUGUCGAGGGUGGCGCAGUGGUUGGACGCGUGGCGCAGUAAUAACGCCGACUGAGCUCGCGAAGUGAAGCGGUGGCGUGUGUGAGCCAUCCAUGUCGAUAGGGAUUCCAAGAGGAAAUUGAUGUUGAGGGGGAAAAGGUCGUGUCAGUAAGUUUUGAGCGGAGGAGAAGUACGUCGCCGUGACUUGAGGACGAAAAGUGUGGAGCUGGGAAUCAUUGGCGUUCUUCGCCGUGAAUGCGCCGCUAAAAACAUUGAACGAAAGAGUCGUUUAAAGACGAAUUACCUUUAGAGGGCAUGAGAGGACACGUGUACGUGAGCAAAAAGGUUAAUUAAUCCAGUACAGCACGUAACGGAGACGCAUUAAGACUGCACGUCGGAUCUGAAGCAAUACCGUGGUUGACCGGAUGCGAAGUGGGUUCGAACGCCACCUAGAGUUUUGAUGGGACAUGUCCCAUCAUUGUUCCCGAGUCUUGCAUGAGAUGUUAUCAUUGUAACAUGAGUCUUGAAUGAGAUAAAAAGAGUCUUG